UAGACAGCUCUUUUAUAACCUUUCUGCAAGCGCCGGGGUGAAACAAAUUAUUCUUUUUGGUCACCAAAGGUCAGGGUAGACCGUGCCUGCGUAUCUGUUCUCGAUAUAGCCUGGCCCUAUAUAAACGCGCAGACACUACAGCCGUGGUCACAUUUAGUGUUAUGUGCACCGGCUCCCAGUCAGCUAGCUGUGGGGUUGGAUUAAAACCGAAGGGUUUGCUCGCGACAAUCAGAGUUCACGUGUACCCACACGGAGUUACUACAUCGGUGAGCUUGACGGGUGAGGGCGCAGGCAGUCCCGACGACAAGCAUGAGGCACGCGGCACGAAUCUUAGUCUUCUUCGCUUCUCUGGUGUGGACGGCGGGCCCGUCUUGCACGAUGAGAGUGUCACCAAGAAUACACCAACACAUGACAAGAGACGAAAUGAAGUUGCAUUUAGGAACUGAUGACCUACUUGGAAUUCCAGAAUACGACGUAUUUGUCCCACAAGAAGUUGACCUGCCAGCUGAUUUGACCAGAUCUGCCGGAUGCCGUGACGACAGAGGCUGUGGAGAUGGCGACAGACGGUUCUACUCCGUCCAACUCUUCGGCACCAAACAUCUGUUGAACCUCACCCGAGACAUGUCUGUGGCGGCGGCCGGUCUCCGGGUCGUGGGUACGAACGGGGAGGUCAUCCCUCGGACUCUGGAUUGUUUUUUCACGGGAGAGGUACAAGGGUUGCCGGGCAGCAGCGUAGCCCUCAGCACCUGCAAUGGUCUGCAUGGAGUGGUGGUGGCUUCUGGAGAGGAUUUCGUCAUCACGCCGAUGUCUGGGGGAUUGUCGCUUCGCAGCCGGCAUCCAAGGUCGGCGAACGGGCAGACGGGGAAACCACACAUCGUCUACAGGAGAAGUUCUCAGGCGCUGGACGAUGUGACGGCUUUAUCGGAACAUGGUCUUCACAAAGAUGCGACGGUGAAGCCACUUCAUCCUCGUCGCACCAAGCGGGGCACGGCUCGUGCGGACUCGCGGAACAGGUUGUCCCCCUCCCGUCGGCUCACCAUCGAGCUGGCCCUGUUCGUGGACCGGAACGCCUGGGACAAGGUGGAGAGCCUACACGAGGGCAGCGCUGAGGAGAAGUUUCAAUGGGCAACAACGUACUACCUGUCCGUUAUCAACACGGUGCAGCUGCUCUACAACAGUGGGUCCCUCGGACAUCGCGUCCAGCUCUCUGUUUUACGACUCCGGAUAAUUGAGGGCAAUGAGUUUAUAUCAGACAACAAUGAUACAGAGAAGACCCUGCACAACUUCUGUAAGUGGCAGCACACCCAGAACCAUGGGUAUAACAACAUCAUGUACGACGCACCAGACGACCACCCGGAACACUGGGACCAUGCUGUCUUCAUCACCGGUAUGGAGAUGUGCAGGCCUGGGCAGUCAUGUGCUAUUGCAGGUAUGGCGCCUGUGUCAGGUAUGUGCUCUGAAGACAGGAGCUGUUCGCUGAACGAAGACAGCGGGCUGGGAAGUGCUUUCCUACUGGGGCACGAGAUUGGACACAAUCUCGGCAUGCGCCACGACGGUGACCAGAACAACUGUGCUGACGGUCAGUUCAUCAUGGCCACUCACACCGGGCCAGGCCACAUGGAGUGGUCACCCUGCAGUGCUGACCACUUCUCUCACUUCUUGUUAACAGACCAAUCGGAUUGCUUGAACGACAGCCCCAGCCCGCGAGCUCCGCCCGAGUUGGCGCUGCCUACAGGGGAGCUACCUGGAGAACGUUACACCGCAGACCAACAGUGCGAACUGCGCUUCGGAGAAGGGACAGAAGAACACAAAUACUUCCGCAGUAGCAUCUGUACGAGAUUGACGUGUCUGGACAGGCCCAACCACAAGAUCUGGUGGAGUUCGUCACCGGCCGCCGAGGGAACCAGCUGUGGCACCGGCAAGUGGUGCCGUGGGGGUGAGUGUGUCCUCCGUACCAGCACUGCUCCGGCCCCCAUAGACGGUGGAUGGAGCGUCCCGUCUGAGGCUGACUUCGGCAGGUGCUCCCUUACAUGUGGCACCGGUGUGGUGAGAGCAGAGAGAUCCUGCAACAACCCUGUUCCUGCCAAUGGAGGCCGCUACUGUGUUGGCGAGAGACUGGUCUACAAGCUUUGUAACACCCAGCCCUGCAGUGAACCUGAACCUCACCCUGAUGUUGUGAGAGGGCACCAGUGCCAGGAUGCCACUCAGAGCAGGAGCAACACCUCCUUCACCAAGAGUCUUGAAGGUCCUGAGGCCUGUGAGUUGUGGUGCCAGGUGGGUGGGAUCUACAACUUCUUCGGCAGUGUAGCAGAUGGGACGAGCUGCGGAAAUGGCAGGAAUGGAGAUGUGUGUGUUGGAGGUGCCUGCAAGCCGGUAGGAUGUGAUGGAAAGUUUGGUUCCUCUGCCAGCUAUGACCAGUGUGGGGUGUGUCAGGGUGACGGGUCAACUUGCAAGGUCGUGGAAGAAACCUACAAAGGAAUGGUCAACAGCAGAGGAGUCAUCACCAUAGCAACCAUCCCCAAGGGUUCCUAUGACAUCAGAAUCAGCACUUCUGAAAUCCUGCGUCAGAUGCCUCUAUUCAUCGUUCUUAAGAACGAGGCAGGAGACAUGAAGGUGAUAAGAACGGGUCGUCACUACUUCAUGUUUGCUGGAGCUGCCUGGAAGGCCGAGAGGUUCAGCAACCGUCUGCACUCCUUCCAAACAAAAGGGAAACUCACAGAGGGUCUUACAAUACAGCUUGCAUCUACCUGGACUCCCACUGGAGCUGGUAAAGAGAAGGAAGUUCUCUACCGCUAUCACCUUCCCGUCUUUGGCAGAUCUGUAGAUGGGGGAUGGAGUGAGCCUGAGUGGUCAGCAUGCUCCAGAACAUGUGGCACUGGUGUCCGUACUGGGAAGAGACUCUGUAACAGCCCUCCGCCAGCUAAUGGUGGUCGGCAGUGCCAAGGAGACUCCACUUUGCUGGAGUUAUGUGAGACUGAGUGCACAGAGCCAGUUCCUCACAUGGAUGUAGAACUUGGUGGUGUUUGCAAGGCUGCGGGUUUCUCUGAGGUCUCAUCUCUGCGCGGAUACACUGGAUGCCAGCAGUAA